UCGUGUCGUGUCCCCGGCCCCGCCCAACCCCGCCCGCCGCACCAUGUCGGCGCCCGAAACUGCCGCUUCGCCGGCGCCGGAGCCGCCAUCGGAUCCGCCCGCCGUCUCCGACGCUGCCCAUUCCAACUCCACCCCGAUGGCGGUCGAGACUCAAACCCUAACCGAGCCUCCGCCCCAGCCCCAAUCGCACCAGGCCUCCCCGCCUCCUUCCGGGGAGGACGACGACGUGGUGGUUGUCUCAGGUGCUUCCGUUGGUGGCGACGCCGCGGCUUCCGCGGCGUCGGCGGGCAACGCGACGACGGAGGAGAGGGUGAGGGGGCCGUGGUCCCCGGAGGAGGACGCGGUGCUGAGCGACCUGGUGGAGAAGCUCGGGGCGCGGAACUGGACUCUGAUCGCGCGCGGAAUCCCCGGCCGCUCCGGCAAGUCCUGCCGCCUGCGCUGGUGCAACCAGCUGGAUCCCCAAGUCAAGCGCAAGCCUUUCACUGAAGAGGAGGACCGUAUUAUAAUGGCUGCUCAUGCUGUCCAUGGGAACAAGUGGGCAUGUAUCGCAAAGCUUUUGGAUGGGAGAACUGACAAUGCUAUCAAGAAUCACUGGAAUUCCACUCUGAGGCGUCGACACUGCAAUGAUGGUGGAUGCAAACAUGGUGUUUCUAUGGAGAGGAGCAUCCCGGAGGUGUCCAGGGCAAUUUCAGAAGAAUCUUGGCCUUUAAAAGAUCUCAGUUCCUUCACAGCUAUGGAUGUAAGGGAUGCUCCUGUGCAAACAGUUACGGAAACAUCUCCUGGGGCAUGGCUCAUCCCAGAUCAGUGUUAUAGCACUCAGCCUGUUGAUCCGCCCUACCUUUCUCGACCAGUUGCAAAGAUUGGUGCUUUCAGACCAUACAAUCUAGGACAUGUUUCCGAACCUACCCAACAGGAAACCCCAAGUUCUGUCUUCAAACCUGACUCAACUCUUAAAGCUUUGACUCCUGAAAGUGAGGUAUUCAAGUUUGCUGAUCCUACGUGCUUUGCUGCUGGGGUUCCAAACAAAUGUGGGCAUGGUUGCAGCAGUGCCCACAAGCGGACUCGUACCUCAUUACUGGGUCCUGAGUUCAAUGAGUUUGAAGAUCAUCCGCCAAUUUUGAGUAGUAGUUUUGCUUCACUGGUUUCAGAAAUUAGCAGCAUUGCCUGGAUGCGAAGUGGUAUGCAAAGUGAUGCCAGUAGCUUAUUGCAGUCAGCUCCACCAGCCUGAAAAAUUAGGAAUCCUGUGAAAUUGCAUGCUGGAAUAUUUGCAGUGGCUUAGAUUCAGACAUUAUGAUGUCAACUCAUUAAUUACAGUCCUGUGUUUCACCGUCGGUAGAUGACAAAGCAUUUACUUUCGUGGGCGUUACUGUAUACUUAUUUCCGGUGCUGUCUUAGGCUAAAGUAUGUACUUUACUGCGUUGCAUGUGGAUGUGCUACUUAAGUAAUUGGGCAACUUUAUUGCAUUAUAGGAAAAAUAUAUGCCAUUUAUUUUAUGUU